AUGAAAUUCAACAUCGUAGCAUUCGCCCUUACCUUAGUUUCCAUCUUAUUGCUUACAUCAAACUCUGCGCAGGCCUGUGAAGCGAGCUGCCAGGUCGGCAUUAGCAAAGCUUUUUCGGAUGCCUACACCAUCGAAAUCGACUCCAUCUUUUCGAAAUUCGUAAAAGACCUCUCAACCUCCUCCCUAUUCGAUGGUGUUAAGAUUCACACUUCAUUAAAAGCCAAAAUCGUAGAUGCCAUCACGUCUUCCAUCAAAAAUCAGAAAAAUAAUUUUGAAGGGAAUCUGGUUGAUCUGGUGAAAAAUUCCAUUUUCAAUGAGAAACCUCGGUUCAAAGGUCAAUGUCAGAAUCCAUUAAGGGUCGUACAGCCACCUGCAGGUGUUAACUGGACCCUUACUGAUUGCGAGAAGCAAGAUUACAUUUGCGGUAAUCCUCCGGCCAUAUGUCAUUUCAUGAACGGAAUUGUUAAACCGAGAAAUGUGAACGACAUCAACAGUGCCUUUGCCAGUAUGGUGAAUUCUGCAAGCUUUUUGGAUACGGUUAAGAAGGGAAUUGAAUCGGCCGCCAGCAACGGUGGAUUGAAGGGGAAGGAUUUGGAUAACGCUGUUAAUGGAAUUACAAAUAAUUUCCAAAAAACUCUACCAGGGUUCAAUAAAACUUUUGUUGAAGACUUUUGCGCUGGGAUUAAAGGUCGUAACGCAACCACCUGCGACAAAUACGACGAUAACAUCAAAUCGAUCUUGUUGUCGUUCCCCUAG